AUGGCAGACUCAGGCAAGGAUGCCAAAUUUUUCCAGAGGAGCAAGGUCGACGAGCUCCGCACCGAGCUCAAUGCCGACAAGAAGGACAAGGGCUGGGUGCGCAAGAAGACCGUGCUGAAAAAGAUCAUCGCCAAUGCCACCAUGGGCAACGACAUGUCGGCGCUCUUCCCCGACGUCGUCCAGUGCAUCAACAUCCAGGUUCUCGAGAUCAAAAAGAUGGUCUACCUCUACCUCAUCAACUACGCUCGCUCCAAGCCCGACCAGGUGCCCAACGCCAUCCCAGGCUUCCUCUCGGACUGCAACGACCGCAACCCGCUCAUCCGCGCCCUCGCCAUCCGCACCAUGUCCUACAUCCACGUCCCCACCGUUCUCGCCGCACUCAUCGACCCCUUGCGCCACUCGCUCAAGGAUGCCGAUCCGUACGUUCGCAAGACCGCCGCCAUCUGCGUCGCCAAGCUCUACAUGCACGACAAGCGCCUCAUCGAAAAGCACUCGUUCAUCGGCAUGCUCCGCGACCUCCUCGCCGAUGCCAACCCCACCGUGGUCGCCAAUGCCGUCGCCGCACUCGUCGAAAUCUCCGAGCGCUCCGACAACAUCCAGCUCAAACUCAACCUCACCAUCGCCUCCAAGCUCGUCGCCGCCCUCGCAGAAUGCUCCGAAUGGGGCCAGACCUACAUCCUCGAGGCGCUCAUGUUCUUCGUGCCCGCCGACUUCGCAGACGCAGAGAUCCUUGCAGAGCGCAUCGCGGUGCGCCUCCAACACGCCAACUCCGCCGUCGUCCUCACAGCCACCAAGGUGAUUCUAUACCUCAUGAAUUACAUCGCCAGUGCCGAGUUCAAGGAGUCGCUCUGCCGCAAGCUCUCUCCGCCGCUCGUCACGCUGCUCUCCUCCGGCCCCGAGGUGCAGUACGUCGCACUCCGCAACAUCCUGCUCGUCAUCCAGCGCCGCCCGCUCGUGCUGCAGAACGAAGUCAAGGUGUUCUUCUGCAAGUACAACGACCCCAUCUACGUCAAGAUGGCCAAGCUCGAGAUCAUUUAUCGCCUGGCCAACGAGCGCAACGUCGAGCAGGUGCUCGCCGAACUGCGCGAAUACGCGUCCGAGGUGGACGUCGACUUUGCGCGCAAGGCCGUACGCAGCAUCGGGCGGCUGGCCAUCAAGAUCGAGUCGUCGGCCGACCGCUGCAUCCAUGCGCUGCUGGCGCUCAUCCAGACCAAAGUCAAUUACGUGGUGCAGGAGGCGAUCGUGGUGAUCAAGGACAUCUUCCGCAAGUAUCCCAACCGCUACGAGAGCGUCAUCUCGACGCUGUGCGAGAACCUGGACAACCUCGACGAGAGCGAGGCCAAGGCGGCCAUGAUCUGGAUCAUCGGUCAAUAUGCGGACCGCAUCGAGAACAGCGAUGAGCUGCUCGAGGACUUUUUGUACACCUUCCUCGAGGAGCCCGUCGAGGUGCAGUUGGCGCUGCUUACAGCGACGGUCAAGCUCUUCCUCAAGCGGCCGAGUGCGGGCGGCGAGUUGGUGCCCAAGGUGCUCAAGUGGGCGACCGAGGAGGUGGAGAAUCCGGACCUGCGCGACCGCGGCUUCAUGUACUGGCGCCUGCUCUCGACGGAUCCCGAGGCUGCGAGGCAGGUUGUGUUGGGCGGCAAGCCACCGAUUUCGACCGAGACGGAUAGGAUGGAUAGGCAGCUGCUCGACCAGCUGCUGCUGCACGGCGCGAGUCUCGCCAGCAUCUUUCAUCGCCAGCCGCAGACGUUCAUUCGCAACGCCAAGGCGCGCUAUGUGCCCGACUCGCCGGCGCUCGACGAGUCGGCGAGGCGCUAUGCGUCGGCGCAUCUGUAUUCCAAACCCGUCGCGCGCGCGCCGGUGCUCAACACCACUGCGCCGAGUCAAGCCGCAGCCGCCAAUGCAAAGACACUGGCGGCACCGGAUUCAAAGCGACUCAUUGAGGAGGACGAGGAGGCAGAAACAGAGGCAGAGGCGGAUGGGCCCUUGAACGGCGCGCUCGGUGCCGAUGAAGAUGCGGAUCCAUACGCCAUGUUGCCAGACGACCUUGGGGCAUCGUCCACGUACCAAGCGGACCGUCCUAUGCCCAAUCCCUCGUCGCUACAUGCGUAA